CUUACCGUAGGUAACACAAACACCUAACAAUCUUUCUCUUUCAUUGCCAUGGCAUCCAAACGUUAGCUUGUCUCCUCCUCUGACUCGUCAUACUCCGACCAAGAGAGUUCCAGAGAAACCAGCGACUCCUAUGAGUCGACAGAGAAGCAAAAACCGGCGGAAGAAAGGCACCCCGAUGAAGAGGACUCUGGCUGCAAAGAUGCUGGGAAGGGAAAACGGAAGUCGGAAGAAAAAAGAGUGCCGGAGGAUGACACUGCAUCCAAAGAUGCACCCAACCAUGCUGAGAAACAAAGGUCAGGAGAACAAUGCCAACUGGUGAACCCAAAAGGCCACUUCGAUGCUGGAAAGAAAACUCCACUGAUGAUCAACUC